AAGUCCUCAGAUAUCCAAGCAAUCGUUAGAGCAGAGGAUUUCAGAAAUCCGCUGCAGGAUUUCGAGCUCGAGAUCGGUGCCAAGGUCAGUAGACGGAUUGGAUUCCGGCUCAUCUUCCUCCCCUCGCAAAUCCCCCAAAUUCUGGUGCCGAAGCUGCUGGAGAAUCGUCUCAUACUCAUCCUGCAAAUUCAGGAGGGCCUGAUCCAAGAACCCUUCGAAUUUCAUGGCGUCGACUUCCGUUUCGUACAGGGCCUUGAGCGUGACGAGAGUUUCCCUCAGCCGAUGAGCUCGGAAAUGAUCGGUCGCCUUCGUCCUGCUCAGAAACUCCACAACUUCCUG